AUCAUACACAGGCCCACCAAAACCGCGCACCUAAGCCCCAGCAAUACCAUUUACCAAAGACCAUUUGACGGCCCUUCUUGUUAUUCUUUUAAGCUGCAAUGGCGUCCCAGGGACCUUCCGCUACUCCUGGAGCAGGAGCUCAUGCUGCAGGUUCACCACAAGCACUCAAUCAGAUCGUAAUAGAAUAUCUCAGUAAGAAAGGCUACGCAAAGACUGAAGCCAUGCUUCGUGUGGAAUCAGCGCACACGGAUCACGAGGGGAGACCCAUCCUCAACAACUUGGACGAUCAGCCUGGCGUUAAGUACGAAAAGGCUUACAGUAAGUCUUCAUCACGGCUCGUCCACCUGAAAGCGCAAUUGCUAACGGUAUUUGGUGUUUGACAGGUCAUUUGAAGAAUUGGAUUGACAAUUCGCUGGAUAUUUACAAGGUAUGCUUGCUUCCCGCUCACCUUCCCUCUGCGCGCAAGUCUUGUCAAGGUUUAAUGGAAACCCGUGAGUUAACGGUUUGAAUAGCCAGAGUUGCGGAGGCUUUUGUUCCCGGUUUUUAUACACUCGUUCCUGCAGCUUGUCAAGGAAGGCUACGUGAAGCCCAGCCAGAGUUUCUUCGAGGAGCACUCCGGCGAACAUGCGGCUGCCCAUGCCGACGAUUUAAGGAAGCUCAAAGCCCUCUCCCUCCCACAGCAUGUCGACGAUGACCACUUGGCGAGAUUGUACCGCGAGAACAAAUACAAAGUCAACUUCUCCAAGACGACAUCUAAUCUCUUGAUGCACUUUCUGGAAGAGACUGAGGAUAACGGUGGAAAGGUUAUACUUAGGAUCAUCAACGAUCGUAUCGAGAUGAGAAUUACCAUAGGGCGCCCUACCAUGUUCGGAGAGGAGGAAGGAAUUCUGGGCGAGGAUGAGGGGAUUACCGGCCAUACUUCUGGGCGCUCGGAAUCCGGGGCGAUACUCCCGGUGAUUAAGCUUGGGCCCUUGCCUAUGGCCCCAGACUUUAUGGCUGACGUGGAAGAUGAAUUGAGGGAUGAAGACGCCAUGGGAGCGGAGAAUGCCGCAGGGGGCGACUUCAAUGUCAGUUUGCUGGACGAAUUCCAUAAAAAGAUAAAGAGGGAGGAAAGCGAGGAUAGUCCCAUGAGGGACCAGGUCCCCUUGCCGCCAUAUACCGGAGUUGACAUUGAGAGGGAAGUUAGGCUGGUAAAGGACAGCAGGGAGAAAAUGAAGUUGUCUGGCGCUCCGGCACCAGCGCUUCCGUCCGUGCUCAUGUAUACCUUUCACAACACUAACGAUGGGUACGAUACCGAAUCCGACAGGGUCGGGCGUUUGUGCUAAUAGUGUGUUAUUGUUUAGUCUCCAAUGUGUUGACUUCUCGGAGGAUGGCACGAUCGCGGCCGGCGGAUUCGCGGAAUCAUAUGUUCGGAUAUUUUCCAUAAAAGGCACACCCCUAAUAUCCAUCAUCCCAACGGAAAACAUACCAGUCGCCCCCAAGACCAGGCGCUUGAUCGGGCAUUCGGGACCCAUCUACGGAGUCUCCAUCUCACCGGAUAAGAAGUACCUCCUCUCUUGUUCCGAGGACAAGUCAGUCCGCCUCUGGUCCCUGGAUACAUAUACGGCUCUAGUCUCGUACAAAGGCCACGACAGCCCAGUCUGGGACGUGCGCUUUGGCCCAUACGGACACUACUUUGCCACGGCCAGCCACGACCACACAGCCAGGCUCUGGAGCUGCGACCACAUCUACCCGCUCCGCAUCUUCGCCGGCCACCUGGACGACGUGGACACCAUCAUCUUCCAUCCCAACUCUGCAUACGUCUUUACCGGGUCCACCGAUAAGACCAUUCGCAUGUGGGACAUCCAGACGGGUAACUCCGUCCGUCUGUUCACCGGACACACUGGCACCAUCAUGACUUUGGCCAUCAGCCCCAACGGCAAGUGGCUCGCCUCCGCAGGACUAGACAGCACCAUCAUGCUCUGGGACAUCGCCAGUGGGAAGCGCCUGAAGAUAAUGAGAGGCCAUGGUAAGACCAGUAUCUACUCGCUAACCUUCUCAAUGGAGGGCACAAUUCUGCUCAGCGGCGGCGCGGACAACACUGUUCGCUGCUGGGACGUUGCGUACGGGACUGGCGCUCCCAUGGCUGAUGCUCCGGAGGGUGUUGGUGCUACUGCCGCGGCUGGCGGUAGUGGAGUGCUACCCGGCGGGGACGGAGCUACAAAGGUUGAUGGUACGUCUUCGGCCGGUGCAUCUAAUAAGCGCAAAAGGACCGAGAUUGUCGCUACGUGAGUACCCACCCAACCAUUCUUCACUGUUGCGGCAGACUGAUUAACCAAUGCUUGAUACCAGACCCGACCACCUCCAAGUAUUCUAUACCAAAAAGUCACCAGUCUACAAAGUCCAGUUCACCAACAAGAACUUGUGCCUUGCGGCUUCUGCUAACAUGCCCAACGCGCCUUGAUCGCACAUGCACACGCACAUAUACACUCACCUAGACUGCUAGCUAUAUGUGUCGAGAAGGGAGUGGGACGAGGAGGGAGAGAGGGUGAAGCCCAGCAGGGUUCUUGCGUGACAGCAAUCAUUUAAUUUUAUUCCAUGGGUCUCUUCUACUACUGUACUAGGGUUUCUUUUGUAAUCGGGUUACGGUGUCGAUUAAAGUGGAUGGUCAUGACAAUGAUGAUUUGUACUAUACUGGUUUUCCUGCCAUAGCAAUAAACUCUUUUACCCCUUUAUUUAUUUCAUUAUUAUUUAUAUUUACAUCAGUGAAUGUAUUAUACAACUAUGGGAGUGGGUGACGAUUCAUUUAUAUAUGGCAGCGAGUGGAUGAAGGGUGGUUGUGUUUGAAUUCGUUUACUUCGAGGAAGCCUCCGAGGGCUUCUUUCGGGCGACCAAGAUCUCGUCUACCAAGCCCAUCCCUUUCGCUUCUUCGGCACCCAUGAAGAGGUCCCGCUCCAUAAUUUUUUCUGGAAUCAAGCGUGCUGUCAGUAUCCAGAGGUGGUGGUUAUGGAACCGGUUCUUACCAAUCUGCUCAAGUGUGUGGGGUUUCGUAAGGUGCUUUUGGUAUACUAUAUUUAGCCUUUCUCGAACUCGGAGAAUCUCCUUUGCGUGGAUCGCGAUAUCACUA